AGCACAUAGUUGUUUUUUGUUGUAUUGUAACGUCAUAGCAAACUUCUUUUCUUGGCUCUCUUUAUAUCCGCUUUCUUCGGUUCUGUCACUAAACCCAAACCCUAAAAAUAUUAUCAACUUCCUUCACUACUGAUCGGAGGUCGGAGAAGAGUAGGAAUUCCGUUUCACUCAUUGGCCGGAUAAACAAUUGCUUCACUCAUAACAGGCAUGGUAGAAGCUGAGAAGUUGGAAGGUCUUGAAUUCAAAUGGGGAGUAAUGAAGAAAAAGGGUGGGAAGAAGAAAGAUGUUCAGUUUUAUGGCUCUUUUACAUAUGAUGGUGUGGAGUACUUUCUUUAUGAUUCUGUUUAUCUUUUCGGGGAAGGUGAACCUGAUCCUCAUAUUGGUAAGCUCAUUAAGAUGUGGGAAGGUAGUGAUAAAAAAAAGAAAGUGAAAGUUCUAUGGUUUUUUCGACCUCGUGAGAUUUCUAGGUUUCUUAAGAUGGAAGAAGCUUCUGAAAAUGAAUUACUCUUGGCAUCUGGUGAAGGUCGGGGCCUUUUCAACAUCAAUCCUUUGGAAGCAAUUUCUGGGAAAUGCAAUGUCGUUUGUGUAUCAAAAGAUAGCAGAAAUCCUCAACCAACAAAUGAAGAGCUUCAGAUGGCAGACUACAUAUUUUGCCGGACAUUGGAUGUUGGUACCUGUAAGGUCAUGGAUAAGAUAGAUGAUGAAAUUGCUGGGAUUGAUGUUAAAUUGUUACUUAAUAAAAUGGAUAAUAAGAAAGAUGCUGGUACUCAGAAAGUUGGUUCAGAAAGGAAAGAGGUUAGUGAAAAUGCUGGAGAAAAUGAUGCUACAGUUAGUACAACUGAGAGGAACCUAUCCCUAAACUAUGUCGCUGGAACAUCAAAUGGGUAUCGUGUUGUUGAUUCACCAAAUCAUGAUGCUAAUUUGGAUGUUUAUUUAAUUAAACAGAACUCUUAUCCCUCAAAAAAGACUGCUUCUGGUUUAUGCAUUACAUCAGCUAACCUGGCAAAUGCUAAUGAGAUUAAAGAAAAUGUGUCACAUCGCAAAGCUUGCUUAGUUGGGAGUGAAGAAAAAGUCAAAAAUGCUUCUGUUGAAUUGGAUGAUAGACCUUCUAAGAAGUCAAAGCUUAACUUUGAAUAUGUAGAUGGAAGCAAAAGCAGCAUGGGUCCGCCAAGAUCUACUUUUGAUACCAGUUGUAAGGAGGCAGCACUACCAGGUGUUUCUCCUGAUGAUGGUAAAUAUAAAUCAAAACAUUGUAAGGAUUCUUCUGGUACAGAGAAAAGCAUUUCCAAGAAACUGAAGAGUGAUUGUGAAACUGUGGUUCUUUCUAAUGGAAUGUUGUUGAAAGCACCUGCUGACCAAUCUCAUAAUGAUGAUUGUAAAUCUGAUGGGCAAGGUUUAGAAGUUGUUCCUAGACCAGAUACUAAUAGAAGAAAAUGGUUCAAGGGGCUUCCUUGGGAUGAUCAAAUGCGAAAUGCGUAUGAACAAGGAACACUUGUUUUACUCCAGAAUUUGGAUCCUUCCUAUACUAAAGAAGAAGUAAAGGAUAUUGUGUGGCAUGGUUUCAAAGCAAAUUGCGAAGCAAAGAUGAUCCAACGGAGAAUGAUUUCUAGUCCAUAUUCUGGUCAAGCUUUUGUUAUUUUCAAGCAAAAGGACAUAGCGGAGCGGGUGGUUAAAAAAUUAGAUGAGGGUUGUUUGCUAUUAUCGAAUGGGAGGCCUCUUGUAGGUAGAUUAGGAACUCCUUGCUUCCCAGAAGGAAAGCGAACAUUAUUCUAUGGCCAUAUUGCUAUCGAUAAGCUUCGAUACCAGAUGCCGCGGGAGCAGAGAGAUGCUGUGUCUACUUCACAUUGUUCUCAGCCUAAUACAUAUGAAUAUGAUAUGGCAAUGGAGUGGAUCUUACUACAUGAAAGAUCAGACUUUCUCUGGAAGAAGUUGUUUUGGGAACAAGAACAGGAGAUGAGAAAACUAAAGAAGAAACUCAAAGCUGGAAAUAAACUGAUGUUGUGAACUUGGUCUUAUUGGUUUUAUUUUUACUGUUAGAUUGGAAAUCAUGAGGCUUAAACCCCCUUUCUUUCGUAACUGUUUUUUGUCUGGGAGACUCAACUACGAUGAUUUUCACUCCAUAAGAUGUUCUAGUACAUAAUCGGAGUAGGUAUAAUAUUUUGACAAUAUCCCUUGACGGACGAGCUUUUACGUAAGUUCCCUGUUUUUUUUGUGGCCUCCAUGCUUCAUCUAUUGUUGAAGCAUGCUUUUCUUUGUCAAUAACUGAAACUGGUUCGAGUAGUUUGAUAUAGUUUUUCACUCCAUGACGUGUAGAUAAUUUAGUGCACAAAGGAUGUUUAGAAGUUUUGUAUAGUCAUAUUGAUAGAUAUCUUGGUUUCGUAAUGAAAAAGCUUUUUCUAUUACCUUACUAUCGUUGAGAGCGACUUUAAGACAAAACUCAGUACGGUAGUACAAGUAAGAAAUAAAUUGGUCUUUUCAUUGCUAA